AUAAAGACGGUCGGAAGUGCGGCUGCGUGAUCCAAACAUCCCCGCCCCACGAAAUUAUUAUAAUUUUACAUGAAUACAGUGUUUUAGUGUCACUCCUGAUAUUAAGAAACAUGAGGUGUUGCGUGAAGAACUGUCCGACGAAAAAGCCGAACCCAGAGGAGGGUAUCUCGAUACACGUCUUUCCCAUGGACCCUGACACUCGACAGAAGUGGACUGAUUUUGUAUCAAAGGAGAAUGGAGAGCCCUUUGUGCCUUCGAAGUCCGGCCAAGGGUCUCGCCUAUGCGGUUUACAUUUUGACGCAGACAAUUAUUUGGACAAACGUCCGAAGUGGCGUGGCGUGCCUACGGUGUCUGUGAAAAGGAACUACACUCCUUUCAAAAAUAAAGAAGUCGGAAUGGUACUGUCCACUCAGAAUGUGAAUGCUAACACCAAUGCUGUAUUGUCUCAAACCGUGAAAGUAGAAGUUUUUCAGUCGAGUUAUAAUGACAUCUCAACGCAUGGAGGGAAGAUUCCAGAACACAAAAGAAACGAUUCUAUAAAUGCUGCCGAAAGCACACAGGAUGAGGGACAGCCUAAAAUUCUCAAGAGGAAUUUAAUGCAAGCGUUUCCAAGGACCCCAACUGCUGGGCAGCAACAUAACUUUGACGUGGGACCUAGUCCACCAAAAAAAGACAGUGUUGACCCGAGUUUGUGUAAGCGAGGCAAUCGUGCCUGUCGACUUUGUGGCCACUCGUUGGCUGGCUCAACCCACAUCAUGAUCAAGGGGUCGUCAGAAGAGGAAGUGCUCGAGCUGCAGUCCCAACUGAGGCAAGAGAAACGAAUUAAGUUCCCAGGGGACAUUGAACCUGAGGACAUGGACUCGCCGCGCAGGGCUCGCCGCUGUCUUGCUGUGCUGCAGGACACUAUUGAAAAUCAAAAGAAGAAGUUGCGAUCGGCAAAUGAUACUAUUAGGGGACUAAAAAGGAAGUGUGAAUCUUUGCAGUCUCUCGUGUCCGAGCUACAGGAUAAGAAGUACAUCAACGUUGAGACGCGUGAUCUCAUGGAGGAACACGGCCCGGAAAUGCUCUUGACAUGAGCAAAGAAGUCUCGGAGUCAUUUUACUUGAAAGAAUAGGUCGCCGGGGCAAAUUAAGUGAGAUACUGAACGCCUGCUUUUCUUGGACCGGAUCGCCUGCUAGGUAGGCAGCCCGUUGUACGCUGCCCGCGCCCGCUGCCCGCCAUAUUCAAAAGACCACCCCUUAAAACUCAAGUUUCUGUGGACAGGGGUGGUUUCUGACGGAACCAAAGGUAGUUUUGUGGUCUCUGGUUCACCCCUGUCGAUUCAACUACUUUUCCGUCAAAAUCCAGACACAUCAAUUUUCGCAUUUCGCCAUUUUAAGAGAGUUACGCGUGUUUUUCU